AUGAGCAAAGAAGAAAAAUUGGCUGAACACGAUGAUGCAGAACGGGAACCCCAUUUCAAGGCUGAAGAUGGACAGGAUACUGGGCAGCACAAAUUGCACCGAGAAGGGCAGGUCCAGUGCUCCACCACCCUCUGGGAAAUAUUUGAGAGACAGUUUCUGGAAUACGAGCCAUCCAUUCCUCUUCUCAGCCCAGAUGAACAGCAGAAGAAGUUGCUGGGGCUCCUCCCCCUGUUUCUGAAGGCUUGGGAGCAGUCUGCUGAGAUUGUCUGCUUUUCCAGAAUCCAAGACUUCGCUAGCAAAGUUUCUAAAGUUUUUGUCCGAGAAAUACAGAAUGUGCUUGCUUUCAAGCCUGCAGAAUCAGCCCGGCUGGCCAUUGGACAAUUUCUACAGUGCACAGGAGAUGUUGAAAAUGAUGGAUAUUUACUCCUGAAAUCUGUAUUUUUACUCACCCAAACUGACCCUGAUACACUGGGAAGCGUCAUAAAAUCUGGUCUCCCCGGGGUCCUUUUACAGUGCCUCUACCUUCUCUUUGCUUUCUCCCUGGAUAAAGAUGAGUGCCUUGAGAGUGACUUGCAAAUUCAGAAAAUGUUUGUACAGGUGAUGCUCAGGCUGUAUAGCGAGCCCAAGGGAGUGGAGGAACUCCUCGCGGGCCGGGAACUCCCAUCUCUCCUCAUCGCCACGUCCACCCUGUGGGAUCAGAGCAGCCCGUCCUGGAAAGGGCCCACCUUCUGGGUGCUGAGGACCAUCUCCAGAGCCCAAAACCAACAGGUCAUUGACUAUCUGCAAGAGACAGACUGCGUGAAGACAAUCAUUCAAAACCUGACUCGGCUCUCGGACACCUCACCAGCUCAUGACCUGAGUGACGUGGUGACCCUCCUCUUGUGCUUCGUAAAAGACUCCUAUCCCAUUUCCUCGGCUUUACUCCUUGAUAUGGAGAACAGCGGUGGAUACCCACUGCUGCUCAAAGUGCUGCUUUGGUAUGAAGGGAAAUCCCAAAAAGAGGGAGAAUCUCACCUAGAAGAGCUCCUGGAGCUAAUGGCAUGGCUCACCGUCUGUGGGAAAACUGAAUUGAAAGUGUUUGAUAGCGUCACCUACCCUCAACUUGAAGACUUUAAAUUGCCGCAGAGUGGAAACUCUGGAAUGACUGUGAAAAACCUCCAGGCCUUUCAGGUGCUGCAGACUGUUUUCCAGAAAAGCAUGGAUCCUUUUCUCUGCAGGAAAAUAUUAUCCACUAUCAAAUCAAUAUGGGACUGGAAUGCCAGGAAUUUUUUCCUCCUGGAGUGGACUCUGCAGCCUAUUUCUCAGUUUGUGGAGAUCAUUCACGUGAAACCUCCCCUGAUCCAAACCCAGUUUUUCCAGUUGUUAGAGUCGGUAGUGUUUGAACUGAAUUUUAUCCCCCACGAAAUUUUUAAGAAGGUCCAGAAUUUGAUCAAGGAGAACACGGUGCCAUCGUGUACCUUCGUUGCCUUAAAGACCGUCCACCAAAUCAGCAUGCGUCACGAGCUCUUCACAGAUAUAUUCAGGGACUCGGGGCUGUUGGGUCUGUUGCUGGCUCAGUUGAGGAAACAAGCCAAGAUCAUGAGGAAAUCAGGAAAUCGAGAGCUCUCUGGCAUUCAGGAUGUGGAGCACGAUUUAAUCUGUGUGAUGUUGAAAGUUGUGGCCUCACUGCUUCAUGAUUCCAUCCGGAAUACUGUUGUCCUAAAAGAUCAUGGGAUGGUUCCCUUCAUCAAGAUAUUUCUGGAUGACGAAUGCUACCGCAGCGAGUCUCUGGCUAUCUUGGAGCAGCUCUCGGUCAUUAACACAGAAGAGUACAUGAGCAUAAUCAUUGGGGCAUUAUGCUCUUCCACUCAAGGGGAACUCCAGCUGAAAUUGGACUUACUCAAGUCUCUUCAUAGAAUCCUGGAGAAUCCCAAGGGCCGCUCAGCUUUCAGAACCUCCCGUGGAUUCAAUGGACUCCUGUCUCUCCUCUCUGACAUGGAAGGGGCUUUACGGGACCCCCCCUCCGAAAUCUGGGCCACGACCGCUCCCAGUCAGACUUUGGACCUCAUCCUCUACACGUUAUGUGGCAUAACGGCUGCCCUACACCAGGACCCGAUCAACGGAGACUUCUUCAGGAAGAAUGACCUCUUUGAGAAAUUAGCUGAUGACCUCUGGUUGCUGGGCUGUUUUGCAACCCAGGAGAACAGAUCAACCAGACCGUUACCGGGGUCAAACUCCAAAGCUAGGACCUUAGCCGAGUUUUUGAGUGCCGCCUCUUCCUCCCCGGAUACUUUCCCUUUGUGGGCGAGAAAUUGCCUCACGAUUCUGAGCUACCUCGACAGUAUGGCCAAAGGGUGUCUUCGCCCGCGGAGUUGUUCAACCGAGAUAAAGUCAGAUGUCAUAGAAGUGAUGUCGAAUCUACAAGGCCAAUCAGAAGGACGCGGAAACUUUGAGAAAUCCAGCAGCAAGUCAUCCUAUGUCCAGCAGUGGCCUGAACUAACUAGGAUGGAUGAAGUCAAGGAAGUCAUUUCGCAACCCGGUGUGGUUUGUGUCAUGAUUCGGCUGCUUCCAGGACUAUAUCAUGAUGAUCAUCCUCAGCUUUCUAAGGAAAUCCAGUGCUCAGUGGCUGAUCACAUUCAAUCACUGGUGAAAUCGGAAAGGAACCGUCAGGUGGUGGGCGAGUCUGGAUUGCUCAGGACCAUUAUUGUCUACUGCCAUGAGGCUCUGAAUAACAGCAAUGACAUGGUACACUUGUCUCUCAUUCGGAUUUUUGAGAAGCUUGCUUCCCAAGCCAUUGAGCCAGAUAUAUUGAGGCAGUUUCUUGGCCGAGGGAUCUGCGUCCCUGCUUCUGCCGAAGGCACAAUAUUAAAGUCAUCUAAUUUUCAAGGAAACACUGUGAGUCAUCCAGAAGAGAACAAAGGAUCUGAAACAAGCGGGCCUGAUGGAACCGGACUUCCUGGAGAAGCCGUGGCUGAUGUCGGCAUUAAAUCCAGGGUUUCUCCAGCUGGGAGUUCUCUGCGUGGGUCCAGGGGCCCCAACACGGCUCUCCAGACCGCUAUGAGCCUCAUUUCAAUGACUUCACCACGUAACAUGCAGCCACACCGGACAGCAUUGUCGCCAUCAUUUGUGGAGUUUGAUAUGUCAGCUGAAGGAUAUGGCUGUUUGUUUAUUCCUACACUUUCCACAGUGGUUGGCACCGGCACUGAUUAUUCAAUUUCCGGCGGGAUGGGAAUGGGUACCACCAGAUCUUUCCCACCUUCUAGCGGCCUGACCUUCUCUUCCUGGUUCCUGAUCAGCAAGCUGGGCUCCGUCCACUACACCCACCCUGUGCGCUUCCUGACCCUCGUGCGGCACAUGGCGAGGACGGAGCAACCCUUCGUUUGCUUCUCUGUAAGCCUCCAGCCUGAGGACCUUACCUUGGUCAUUUCCACGGAAGAAAAGGAGUUUCAACCCUUGGACAUUAUGGAACCUGAAGAAACCAGUGAACCUCCUGCUGGAAGUCGAGUCCAGUUCAAAUGCAUCAAACUGAUCACAACUGGACAGUGGCACCAUCUGGCCAUUGUUGUUGCUAAAGAAAUGAAAAGAAAUUGUGUCGUUUGUGCCUUUAUCGAUGGACAACUAGUUGGUUCUGCAAAAAUGCUCUAUAUCCAGUCCCUACCAGGAUCUUUCCCUUCUAUGGAUCCUUCAUCCUUCAUUGACGUCUACGGUUACGUUGCCACUCCACCAGUCUGGCGUCAGAAAUCUCCUCUGAUCUGGCGACUGGGUCCUACCUUCUUCCUUGAAGAGCCAGUCUCCGUGGAAACUCUGGAAAUCAUUAACAAACUUGGCCCAAGAUACUGUGGCAACUUCCAAGCCAUACAUCCUCCAGGAGAUGACACAGGCAGUGAAGCCUUAAGCCUUGUUGCAGAGGAAAGAGUGUCUUUGGGGCUUAACGUAGCCAGUUCCUCUAUCACCUACAUCACAGAGAUCAAAAGCAAUUACAAUGAAGUUGAUAGUCGUCUGAUAGCUAAAGAGAUGAAAAUUUCAUCUCGAGACAACUGUAUGCCAGUGUUCUUAGUAAGAAAUUCUGCCGGACAUCUCUCUGGUCCCCUACGUUCAAUUGGAGCAGUUGCUGUGGGCCACUUGGGUGUAAGGGUCUUUCACUCCAGUCCAGCAGCCAACAGCCUGAACUUUAUUGGCGGCCCCGCUGUGCUCCUUAGGCUGAUUUCACUGGCCACAGACGACCAUGCCAUGUAUGCAGCCAUCAAAGUCCUUCAUUCUGUCUUAUGUAGCAGCGCUAUGUGUGCGAAACUCAUGAAACAUAUCUGUGGAUACCAGAUAUUGGCAUUUCUCCUGAAGAAGAAGAUGGUGCUUUUAAACAACAGGAUUUUCCAGCUGUUACUUUCCAUCGCCGGCACCGCUGAACUAGGUUUUGAAACAUCCAUCAUCACAAAUGUUGGUGUAUUUCAACAUGUCCUCUGCAAUUUCGAGCUCUGGAUUAAUGCACCAGAUAAUCUGGAUCUUGUGCUCUUUUCACACCUUGUAGAAAUUCUACGUUGCCCAAGAGAAGGGGCCAGGAACGCUGAAGUGGCUCACCAGGUGCAGCUGAUUCCCAAACUGGUCUUCCUCUUCAACGAUUCCAACCUCAGUCGCACGAGGGUCAUCACCAUCGUCGCUAUCCUGGGACACCUCCUGAGAGGCCAUUUUAACACUCAGGAUGUGCUGAGGAUUGGAUUAUUUAUCGUCUAUACUUUAAAGCCAUCCUCGGUGAACGAGAGGGAGAUCAUCUUGGAUAAAAUUGCAGACCCAUCGAUAGACGCCAUCAGCCAAACAUCUGGAAGAACAAUCUGGCUCAGAAACCAGUUACUUGAGAUGCUGCUCGAUGUAAUCUGCUCCAGUAAACCUCAUCUGUCUUCAGGGCCACAGGAAGAAACAUUUCUAACCCUGGGUCCCGACUGGUUCCUGUUAUUCAUACAGAGUCAUCUGAACCCAACUACAAUCGUUCUUGGAAUGAAGCUACUGUUAUGUUUUUUGUAUAACCCAGUGUUACGUGCCAGGUUUAAGGAUGGGAUGUCUGCUGGGUCUUGGGUGGAGAACAGCGCCAUUGGAGUGGAUAUCUUGAUGGAUAACAUAAAAAGUCGGUGUCCGCUGGCUGACAGUGGCUCCUUCCUGAUUUCUGGGUUCCGACUCCUGCGCAUGUUUUUGGCUCAUCAUAUUAAUAUUCCUGAAGUCUACUUUCUGGUGUCCGGCUUGUUCCUGCAGACCCCGCUGACUGAAAUCCCCGGAGAAUCCGAAGUCAGUCUAGAUUGCAUGUUACAGUGGCUACUGCAGAACCACCACUCGGACAAUGUCCACACAUACGGGCUCUGCCCAGAAGGUGCCUUGCUUUUACUGGAGAUGGUUAAAGUCACAAUAAACCAGCCCUUCACAGGUUCUGGCGAUGACUCCUGGAAAGUCACCUACCCUGGCAAUGUGAUGCAGUUCCUUUGCCUUAUAUAUCACAGCUAUCCUCAGGACCCCAUGUGGGGCUCUUUAGAGUUUCUCCAGACUUUGGCUGCAGUUAUCUUCCCUUCAGGAACUCAAAAGGGAAUAAGUGAAAACUCGGGUGCUGUAGACCACCCGGUAAUUGCAACUGAAGGCGGGAGCUGCGCUGGACCCCCAGCUGGACUCCCAACAGUUCACCCUGCCCGGAAGCAAGUUUGUGACUUUAUCCGCAUCCUUCUGAUGGAGAUUCUGAUCAGCACCCCAAAGCAUAAGCAAUGGCAUCCUUUGGAAUUCCUUCUUGAGGCUUCUCCAGAGAAUGCCACCAAUCAACAAAAGCGAUGCUUCCAGUCUGAAAUCCUGCUCUCUAUCAUGGAUAUCUUCCACAUCAUUAGUGAAGGUGGUGGUCAGAGUGUUUUGACAAGACCCAGAGGAAAUAAAGAUCCUCACCACAGUUCAGAACCCACUACUGCUAUUGCAUUAGCCAAUGUUUCGUAUUUUACUCAGAAGUUGGUGGAGAAGCUUUAUAAUGGAAUGUUUACUUCAAAUCCAAAACAGAUUCUUCUCUUCAUUACCGAACAGAUCAUGGCAGUCAUUGACAAUGCUGCCCCUCAAAAGGAAACAGUUGUUGGUUCCUUAUACAGUAGUUUAAACCGAGUCAUUCUUUACUGCUUGUCUAAACCUCAACAGACGCUACCUGAAUGUCUCAGCCUCCUAGGUAUUCUGAACUUUCUUCGAGAACACUGGGAUAUUAUCUUUGCAACAUACAAUUCUCACAUUGGGUUCAUCAUCUGCCUUAUGCACUGCCUCUUUCAACUCAGUGCAAGAAGUUAUCCAGAGGGAUUUGGACUGGACCCUAACCCUAGAAUAACCCCAUAUCAUCAAGUGUUCCUAACCCCAAAUGAAGAGGUAAAUGAACAAGGAGGGGCAGAUCUCCCAACCUUGAGUGAUGUUCAACAUGAUAUUCUGAAGUGUGCCCUUGAUGUCUGGCACCAACUUGUGUCUCAGCGGAAGCAAGUACUGGAGGAUGCCUUUAAGAUGGACCUGUCCGUGAAACAAGGAGAGUGCGAAGUGAAGAUAGAAGAUGUCACGCCUCUGUGGGAAGAGACAACGGCGAAGUCCUGGCAGCAAUUCCUAGCAUCUGAGAAGAAGAGUCUAGCAAGUAAGAGUUCCCUCGCACAUCAGCAUAAACAUUCGUCAUGGAGUGAAAGCAUUUCUUCGGCAAUGAGAUUGACGCCUGGCAAGAAUAUAAAGGAAGUGGAAUGCAAACCGGAGGACAUUUUAUCACACAUGGAAAACUGCAGAAGAAAUGGGCAGGAGCUCUAUGCUUCAUUAUACAAAGAUUAUGGACAGAGGCAGCGAUGCAUGUACCGCAAAGCAGCUGAAGACUGGGCCAAGAUCAAAGAACAACUUUUCAGUGAAGAAGGGCUUUGGGGAGCCGAGUCUCAGAAGGCCUCUCGUUGCAAAUGGGUUCUCGAUUGGCGUGAAGGCCCAGCCCGGAUGAGGAAGAGAAUCAGGCGUAUAUCGACCAGUGAGGCUUUAAUGCAGGGGAACAACGAGGACAACCAAACCAGAAAUUCAUCUCAAGCUACUGCUGAAAAUCAAGAUAAGCAGAUGCUAAAUGGAGCAGAGAAAGAAAAAGAUGAGAUGGAGGCGGACUGUAACCAGCUGACUUUCUUCCCUGCCUUGCAUGAAAGUCUUCACUCAGAAGACUUCUUGGAGCUGUGUAGGGAGAGACAAUCUAUUUUGCAGGAAUUUGUUGCCCAAGAAAAGGUGUGGCAAAAAUAUUCCGUGGUGAUUGUCCAAGGACAUAUUGUGUCAGAAGGGGUGUUACUUUUCGGCCAGCGGCAUUUCUACAUCUGUGAAAACUUUACCUUAUCCCCUCUUGGAGAUGUCUACUGCACCAAGCACUGCCUAUCAAAUAUCAGCGAUUCAUUUAUUUUCAACAUGUGCAGCAAGGAUUGGUCUUCCGAGAGUCAUAGAUGCCAACGCCAUGAAUACAGGGACAUGAAAGCACUGCAUCGGAUGCGAUUCCUUCUACAGGAGAUGGCCCUGGAAAUUUUCUUUCAGAAUGGAUUUUCCAAGUUCCUCGUCUUCCACAACGGCGAUCGGAGUAAAGCCUUUAAGAGCUUUUGUUCUCUGCAACCCUGUUUGAAGACUAAGGGGAUAUCAGAAGACACACUGAAUAUAAGGAAAGUCCCAGGCUCGGAAAAGACGAUGCUGCAGAAAUGGCAGAAAAGAGAUAUCAGUAAUUUUGAAUACCUCAUGUACUUAAACACCCUGGCUGGCCGGACUUAUAAUGAUUAUAUGCAGUAUCCUGUGUUCCCUUGGAUUCUUGCUGAUUAUACCUCAAAGACUUUGAACUUCAUGAAUCCCAGGACUUUUCGGGACCUCUCAAAGCCUAUGGGGGCCCAGACCAAAGAAAGGAAAUUGAAGUUCACGCAGAGAUAUAAAGACGUUGAAAAAAGUGAAGGAGAUCUUACAGUCCGGUGUCAUUACUAUACUCACUACUCAUCUGCCAUCAUAGUCGCAUCUUACCUGGUCAGAAUGAAGCCGUUUACUCAAACCUUCUGCUCUCUGCAGGGGGGAAGUUUCGACGUGGCCGACAGGAUGUUUCACAGCGUGCAGAACGCUUGGGAGUCAGCAUCAAGAGAAAACAUGAGCGACGUGAGGGAACUGACCCCAGAAUUCUUUUACUUGCCAGAAUUCUUAACCAACUGCAAUGAUGUUGAAUUUGGCCGCAUGCAGGAUGGAACAGUCCUGAGUGAUGUUCUCCUUCCUCCAUGGGCAGAAGGAGAUGCUCAGAAGUUCAUCAGCCUGCACAGACAGGCCCUGGAGAGCGAUUAUGUUAGUUCCCACCUCCAUCAUUGGAUAGAUCUGAUUUUUGGCUAUAAACAGCAUGGCCCAGCAGCAGUAGAAGCCAUCAAUACCUUUCACCCAUAUUUCUAUGGCAACAGAGUCAAUCUGAACAAUAUCAAUGAUCCAGUAAUUAAAAACACCAUCCUGGGGUUUGUCAGUAAUUUUGGGCAGAUCCCCAGACAGCUUUUCACCAAACCUCACCCUGCCAGAACUGCCCAAGGCAAAGCAUCACCAGCAAAAGACACACCUACUUCCUCCGGCCCAGCCAGCAAGCCACAUUCAUUUCUCUCCAGCCUGCAGAGUCUGAAGCCUUCUCCGGUUACAGUCAGAGAUUUGUUCAUUUUUUCUCCCGGGUCAGAGUCCCCCAAAGGAGCCAUUGGACACAUAGUCCCUACGGAGAAAAACAUUUUGGCUGUGGAGAAGAAUAAAGUACUGAUCCCACACCAAUGGAACAAGACCUUCAGCUGGGGUUUUGAUGACUACACCUGCUGCUUGGGAAAUUACGGAUCCGACAAGAACUCCAUGACUUUUGAAAGCACGUCAGACUGGGGCAAGUGUCUCUGUGUCGUGUGCCCUACGCCGACGACUAUUGUAACAUCAGGAACCAGUUCUGUCGUUUGUGUCUGGGAGCUUUCCAUAGUUAAGGACAAGGUGAAAGGCCUACAUUUACAACAGGCCCUGUAUGGACACAUGCAGGCGGUGACCUGCUUGGCCGCCUCUGUGACCUACAGCCUCCUGGUGAGCGGUUCCUCCGACAGAACCUGCAUCGUCUGGGACUUGGACCACCUGGUCCGUGUGAGCCGGCUCCCGGCCCACGGGGCCCCCCUCUCCGCCGUGGCCAUCAGCGACUCCACCGGUGAAAUUGCCUCUUGUGCUGGGACCUACCUGUACCUGUGGAAUGCCAAUGGACAGCCUUUGGCCAGGAUCAAUACAGCCCAAAGCUCAGAAGGGCCCAUCACUUGCUGUGGCUUCAUAGAUGGCCUGGACUGGGAUACCUGCAACAUCAUCAUCACAGGAAGCGGGGAUGGAAUUGUCCGGUUGUGGAAGACUGAAUACAUGAAGAUGUCAGAUCAAAGUGGCGUCCCAGGAUCCCAAGAACCCACAACCAAAGCUCUGGACCAGAAAGGGAACGCUUGGGAAAAAAGUCUUGUUCUCUGUCGAGAGCUGGAUAUCAGUGUCGCUUUGACGGGGAAGCCAAGUAAAACCAACCCGGCUAUCACGGCUCUGGCUGUGUCCAGAAAUCAGACCAAAAUCUUUGCUGGUGAUGAGAAGGGGAGAAUAUUCUGCUGGUCCAUGGAUGCUUAGGAAGAAACAGUGACCCAUGGUGGGGGACUUCUGAAGAACUACACAGCUGAAGAAUGAAAUGAGAACAUACCACGUUGUGUAAAAUCUAAACAUAUUUAAGUAUUAACAUAUGGAAAAAUACAAGGAGCAGGAAGACAGUAACAAUAGAAGCACAGCAAAGACAAAGUUAUGUGAGGUACAGGAGCCCAGAGGCAAAAUGGAUUCCCCUACGUCAACCUACAUAGUUCUCUGUGACAACUGCAGAAGCCCCGAUCAUCAAUCUGAGGGGAACUAUCCUCCAGUUAGGCAAAUGUGUUGUCCAGGUUUACAAAGACUGCCUCGUGUGACAAUUUUGCGGCAUCUGUACAGAAAUAUUGACUAGUUUGGAAUUCAGUGUCUGAUAUCUGAACUUCACAUAUGAGAAACCUCUGAAUAAGGGCUUUUUUGUGCCAAAUAAAUGGUGUUG